UUGCCGCCCCUUGUUUUUCUUUUUUAAUUUUUUUUUAAUUUCUUCGAUAAUCCCUAUGUAUUAACAUUAUAAAAUGCUCUUCACCAUUUCAUUUCAUCAUUCCAAAAUUCUUCAAUCUUGCAUUUCUUCUAUGGCUUCUCUUAUUCUUUUGUUGUCAGCUCUUGUUCGACCCAAGAACCCAAAUCUUGCAUUUUCAACAGCGGCAAUGCUGCCAUCUUCUUCUUCUCUUGCCUCUUCUUGUGCUGGUGCCAUUUCUUCUUCUCAUUCCAAAAAGCCAUUGCUGGCGAAUGACACCAAGAAAUACGAGUCAGAGAUCUUAGCUGAAGAUGUGCAGGAGUCUAAGUUUUGUAUCGAUCUGUCCUGGCCUUAGACUGCAGAUAAUUCGAGACAAGAACUCAAUCAUCAAUACUGAAUCAGGAGCCUCGAGGAUCAAUUUUUGCACUUUAAUUUAGAUUCAGUAGCAGAAGUUUAGCAUUUCAUUUGUCAUACUCAUGCCAGAUCUUCUGGCUGUAGAAAUUCUCUCCUGUACUUAAAUUGAUUUUCACCUUUCAUGCAUAUAUAUAAGAUAUUAGACGCAGCUCUUUCAACAUCCAUGUUCUUCAUCUGAUGAUUUUCUAACGUUCCAUCAUGGCCAUGAGACAUGCAAUUAACCCCAGAGCUUUAUUUCUGUGGAAUCCGGCUGGUAAGGCACAUUCACUUUCAAACGUAGGAAGCCUUGCCAUUCCAACGAAAGGUUCCAGUUGUUGUUAAAUCAACCUGAACUAACCCCUCGAAAAAGUUCUGCAUUCUGUUGGUUGAUUUGGUUUGGAGCUAAACCAUAUGCUUGUAUCGGUAAGGGUUUGGUGCCAAAAUGCACCUCCUCUACAGUGAUGUUCUGGUCCCACUGUUCCACAACCAUGUGCUGCUGGCCGUUAAUCAGUAGUAUAAAGAUGACAUCUGCUUCUUUUUCAAAUGUAAAACUAAAAAAUUAUUUGCCUUUUCUAUUAAUCUUUCCAUUUUAAUAUAAAUUUAAAUUGUAUACAUAAAAAAUAAAAAUUAUGAAAAAAAAUCAUUUUACCAUUACAUUACAAUAAGAAAAAGGAGAUUAAAAUUUUCUAAUUGAUUAUUAUUAUUAAAAACACUUAACCAAAAAAAUUGAAUAAAUAAAAAUUCUAACGGUGUUCAUUAAUUAUGCCUUUGGUGGUGAAUCUUUUUUCAAUCCUCUACAAAGUUGCAAUUUUUGCCUUUACUUGUUUUACUUGUUAACAAAGUAAUUCACAUUUUUGGCUGUGCAGCGAUUCCCUUGCCGGGAAAGACACGCCACAAUCUGAUCCCAAACUUCCUAACGUCACCAUUACCUGCUGUACGCCAUUGUUUCUUUGCCAGCCGAAACUACCCAUAAUUCUUGAAUAUUGCAAACAUGCUUUCUGUGUCCUCUCUUUUUCCCCUGUUUUCUCUGUUUCGUCCACCACCGUAGCCACCAUGCGUCCACAGUUGUCGAGCACCACUCUAAUACUAACCACCAAAAUCCACAUUAUGGCCUUAGAUGGAAUCGUUAAUGUGAACUCUUUGUUCACUUUAGCGCUUUUUCUUGGUCUCGCUUGGUACCCUGCUCCUGACCCCUCUAUCUCCCUCGUUACCGAUCCUUCCUGCGCUGCUAGCUCCGCCAUUGCGGAGGAUCUCAUCGCCUUCCAUGUUUACUCCUUCAGCUCUUUCCUCUUCUCUAGUCUCAUUGCUUUAGCUCUCAAGCAGGCUAUCAAGAUUGCAGAUAAAGACGACAAUAAUAUUGUUAGUGUUGACGAGGUGGGAAGUGCUUCCCUGGUGCAGGUUAACUUGGUGGCUUUAAGGGUGGGGACUUUGAUUUCUGGGUUUGGGUCUGUUUUCGGAUGUGGGUUCUUGAUGAUGGCUUUGGUGCACUUGGUGCAGAUAAAGUUGGGGACUUUGGCUUGUGGCAGUUUGUACACUUUUGCUGCUAUUGGUCCUUUGGUGAUAUUGGUUCCUUUAGCCUUACUAAUCUAUGUUUUUCUCAUGCUUUAUGCCUUUACUCGCUAGGUUUUUUUUGAAUGAUGUUCGUAGGAUUAAUAAAAAGAUUAAUACUUAAUGCUUAUUUUAAAUGUGUGAAAUGCCACAUAUAUUGGGCCUUUGAAAAAUGAAGUGAAUAAAAGUCGAGUGAAAAAUAAUAUAUUCACGAUUCAAAGUGUUGUUUUAUCUGAUAAA